CAACCGAUAGGAGGAGUAUAGAGAGAACUUUGGAGAGCAGAAAGCCUCUGUUAUUUAUUCUUUCUUUCUUCUUCUUCUUCUUCAGUCAAUCAAUCGCUUCUUUGAUUCUUUAUUAGUCCUUCCGAACGAUGUGGCGGCAGUGUGAAUGGAGAAGUAGCUGCUGGUAUUGGUGGAGCUGAGGGAUGGGUUGCAUUCUUUGUAAGAGAGCAGCAGGAGAUGGCCAGGAACGAUCCCUAGAAUUAGACCUUCACGUCACGAGUGAAGAAGUGCCACCUUCCGAUACCAUUGCCGCUGUUAAUGGCGCUAGGGCUAGGAAGGAAAGAGUGCGUAGGGAGAGAGAGAGGAUCCAUCGUACCGGCGAUAUUCCUCCUCCACCGCAGCUGGAGCGGCGUAAGACGAAACCCAGGUUGAAUCCGAAUCCGGUGUUCAGAACUCAGCAAGGGUGGCCCGCUUGGCUAUCCGCCGUCGCCGGCGAUGCCAUCGAGUGUUGGACCCCUCGACGUGCCGAUUCGUUCGAAAAGCUCGAUAAGAUUGGGCAAGGAACUUACAGCAAUGUAUAUAAAGCUAGAGAUCUCAUUUCGGGGAAGAUCGUCGCUUUGAAGAAAGUUCGGUUUGAUAAUUUAGAACCAGAGAGCGUGAAAUUCAUGGCCAGAGAGAUUCUUGUUCUGAGAAAGCUUGAUCAUCCCAACGUCAUUAAGUUGGAAGGUCUGGUUACUUCGAGGAUAUCUUGUAGUCUCUAUUUGGUUUUCGAAUAUAUGGAACAUGACCUUGCGGGGCUAGCAGCUUUCUCGGGGGUCAAAUUCACAGAGCCGCAGGUCAAAUGCUAUAUGAAGCAAUUAUUGUCUGGUAUUGAGCACUGUCACAAUCAAGGUGUCUUGCAUCGUGAUAUCAAGGGUGCAAAUCUACUUCUUGACAAUGAAGGAAGUCUUAAAAUAGCUGAUUUUGGACUGGCUGCUUUUUAUAAUCUGGACCAUCGGCAACCAAUGACUAGUCGCGUUGUUACCCUUUGGUACCGACCCCCUGAACUUCUUCUAGGAGCAACUUAUUAUGGUGUUGGUGUUGACCUUUGGAGUGCCGGCUGCAUUUUAGCUGAAUUACUUGUUGGGAAGCCAAUAAUGCCAGGGCGGACAGAGGUGGAACAGCUGCAUAAAAUUUUUAAGUUAUGUGGCUCUCCAUCAGAGGAAUAUUGGAAGAAAUCCAAGUUGCCACAUGCUACUAUUUUUAAGCCACAACAACCAUACAGGCGGUGUAUAGCUGAAACUUUUAAAGAUUUUCCACCUUCUACGUUAUCUUUGAUUGAAACCCUUCUUUCGCUUGAUCCAGAUGAACGAGGCACUGCCACUGCUGCUCUGAAUAGUGAUUUCUUCACCACCGCACCUUUUGCUUGUGAACCGUCAAGCUUACCAAAGUAUCCUCCAACCAAAGAAAUAGAUAUGAAAUUGAGGGAUGAAGCAGCCAGAAGGCAAAGGGGACAGAAUGGGAAACCAAUUGCCGCUGAUGGGGCAAAGAGAGUUCGAGUACGUGAUCGGGGUGGCCGAGCAAUCCCAGCAGUGGAAGCAAAUGCUGAGCUUCAAGUGAACCUAGAUAGGCGGAGAGUAAUACCACAAGCACAUGCUAAGAGCAAGAGCGAGAAAUUUCCGCCUCCUCAUCAAGAUGGAGCUAUUGGGUACCAAUUGGACACAUCACAUAAUGGGCCAAGAUCAUUUGUUUCUCAUACUUCGUUUGCCUCUUCAGCUUUUGACCCAAAGGCCGCAGGCAUUUCAUUUUCAGGACCCUUGAGAAAACCUGUACCUUCUGGCAGGAAAACCAACAGAGGGGGCCAAAUGGCACCAUCUCGGAUGUUUAUACAAACAUUCAGGCCAUCAAUAGGGCUUUCUACGGAUCCUAGGAAUAAGGGUAAAGCACAAGUUUCGGAAGGGUAA